AUGUCUACUAAAUGGGAAAUUGGUCACAAGAGCGUCACUGAAGUUCUCAGCCGUAAAGCAAACGAUCUUAAUAUUCAAAAUAAUUUGCAUCAGACACCUCUUCAUUUGGCAUCUAGGCAUGGUCACGGAGGUGUCGCUGAUGUGCUUCUUAAGAAUGGAGCUAACGCUGAUAUUGGAGAUGAUUCGAAUACCAAAGCUCUUCAUUAUGCUGCUAUAUAUGGUCACGAAAAUGUUGCUGAACUUCUCAUCAACAAAGGCGCCAAUAUGGAUGUCAUUGAUAAUUUUAAUCGUACACCUCUUCAUUUUGCAGCUAGACAUGGUAAUGUUGAAUAAGUAUUUUCACAAAAUAAAGAAUCGGUUUGAUCUUUUUCAUCGACCUAAAUUAUUUCUAAGGUCAU